UUAGGUGAAGGAGAGUUUGGUGUGGUACAACAGGGAGUCUGGACCACAGAAGAUGGAGAAAAAGUACAAGUGGCUAUCAAAUGUUUAAGUAAAGAACGAAUGCAGAAUGGUACUCAGGAGUUUCUACAAGAAGCAGCUAAUAUGCAGACAAUAGAUCAUGAAAAUAUAGUACGAAUGUUUGGUGUAGUUUUAGAUAAAGAUAAUUCUUUGAUGUUGGUAACAGAAUUAGCACCAAUGAGAUCAUUAUUAGAAUGUUUAAAAGAACCAUCACGGAGAUUAGAUUUCCCUGUUCCCAGAUUGUGUGACUUUGCUCAACAGAUCUGUGAUGGAAUGAGUUAUUUAGAGAGUAAAAGAUUAAUACAUAGAGAUUUAGCAGCUAGAAAUAUUCUUGUUUUCUCUAAACAUAAGGUGAAAGUGUCUGAUUUUGGUCUAUCUAGAGCAUUAGGUAUUGGUAAAGAUUAUUAUCAAAGUAAUUUUAGUACCAGUUUAAAAUUACCUAUAGCUUGGUGUGCACCAGAAAGUAUCAAUUAUUUAAAGUUUACGUCAGCUAGUGAUGUUUGGGCGUUUGGUGUAACAUUAUGGGAAAUGUUUACCUACGGCUUCCAGCCCUGGUCAGGCUUAACAGGUCAACAGAUAUUAGAUACCAUUGAUCAGCCUCAAAGUCAACGGUUAGAACAACCUGAUUUAUGUCCUAAAGAUUAUUAUGAUUUAAUGUUACAAUGUUGGCAACAUGAACCAGAAGAUAGACCAACAUUUAGUCAAAUAUUUAUCAAAAUACCUCAGGUUUGUAAUCUGCAAUAUUUUCCUGUAGCCAUGUAG